CCAGGGGAUAUAACUCUCAUGUAGUGGCCAAAUAUAGUCACCUUGCAGCAUCAAGAGGAUUAAAAUGAAUUUUCGGACCAUAAUGCACAUGUAUGGCUUUACAUGGUCACAUGUGGUCCAUGGCCUGAAGAAUCAGUCAAUGCAGCAAGGGAACAAACCUAUUCGUCAGGUGCCUUCAUGUUCCCGGUUCAAAUGGCUGAGCACACAAACCUCAACAGGACCUCCACUAAACAGCCUUUCAGACCACCAGGUAUCAUCCUCAGAACAUAAAGAAAAUCAGGAAAUAGGAAACAUCCGUGGAGUUGGCCGCAAUGAGGAUGAACAAAUCUCAAGACUACUUCUUCCACCUGAUCAACCUGCUGAUGCCCGAAUAUUGCGGGUGGCCAUUAUAGGACUGCCCAACUCAGGGAAAUCCACCUUAACCAACAGACUUCUGGGAUGGCGGGUCUCCUCAGUGUCAAAAAAGGUCCACACUACCAGGAAAAAUACCUCAGGCAUCAUGACACAAAGCAAUGUUCAGAUUGUCUUUUUGGACACCCCUGGAAUUUUGGACCUGGCAAGUCGGAAACGACAUAAUCUUGAAAAGGAAAUGGUUAUAGACCCUGAGAGAAGUCUUCAAUACGCCCAUCUUGUGGCUGUAGUGGUGGAUGUCUCCAACAGAUGGACUUGCAAUUAUCUUGAUCCCUUAAUACUUCAAAUACUUCAUCUUCACAAAGACAAACCUACCAUUCUUGUCCUCAAUAAGGUGGAUAUACUUAAGCAAAAGCAAUUGCUUCUGCAGUUAACACGAGAGUUGACUCAGGGGAUUGUAGGAGGUAAGCCGUUGCCUGCGAAAUCCAAGAAGAAAUCAGAAGCAGAUCGGGUGCCAGACUUCAAUACCUUGUUUGAUGCUAUGGAAAAACAUAGUCAGAACCCACUUGUACAGUCUGAGUCCAUGAACCAAGAACAAGAGAGGGUACUUGAAGGAGAGACAAUUUCACUUCUCCCAACGGAGCCAGAACUACUUUCUACAAGAGCAAAAGAUGCAAAACCAUCAGAAAACGGAGAGGCAAAAGUGUCUGCAGAGCAGCAAGACUGGACAGAUUAUUUCAAAAGGGUUCAGCAGGCUCGCAGGGCAGUGCGCAACUUGAAAGGAUGGCCACACUUCAGUCACGUCUUCAUGGUUUCAGCCCUGUCAGGAGACGGGAUCGCAGAUCUCAAAGACUUUCUCAUCAAAAGUGCUCAUCCAGGUGAUUGGGACUAUCACAGUUCACUGGUCACAACCCAGAAUCCACAAGAAGUGGUACUGAUGUGUGUGCGUGAAAAACUGCUCGAGCAUUUGAAGGAUGAGGUCCCCUACAUUCUAGAUCUGGACAUGGUUCUAUGGGAAGUUGAUAAGGAUGGAAUUUUGAACAUCAUCAUGAAUGUCAUAGGUUUCAACAAGCGCCAUGUGGGUUUUCUCCUAAGGCAUCAAGGGAAAACAAUUCAGACAAUUGCCCAGGAAGCAAAGCAGGAAAUGAUGAACACAUUUCGUUGUGAGAUACGGCUGAAAUUAAUUGUUAAAAUGACACCUAAAAAGCGGCGUAGCCUGUGAUGAUGUGCAACAUCUAAUGCUUUUUAGAUAAUGGUUGUAGACUUCUGUCUACAAGCAGGACUGUGUUGUUAUCUUUGAUGACAGUAGUGCUGACAGAAAAGAUAAGAUGAUAGAUGUCAUUUUCAUCGAUUAAAUAAAAUAAUUUUUAUGUUUCUACCUUGCUUCUUGAAUCAACUUUACAGAUAUGGGACUUUGCUAAUGGGUUUUAAUGGAAUUUUUGAAAAUGAGUCUUGCCAUUGGAAAAAUCCUUAUCAAAGUACUUAUGCUGAUUAGCCAACAUGCUUUCUGGAUCAGAGGAAGCUAACUGUCAAUCUACUAUCUGGGUCACAGCUCUAUAUCUGUUGAACUCUAGAUGCACCAAAGCAUUGUGUGCCAGUUUUACACUCAUUCCCAGGAUCAUAAAGUGAAAUGCACAUCAAGCUGGACAUGCAUUAAACUCAUUUCUCUCACAGUUAAAGAAAAUCACACAUUAAAAAAUUAAGUUUUAUGCAAGGAAAUGUGGAGUUUUCAAGCUUUAAUGCAAUAUCAAUUACAUUUAUUUUCUGAAUAAUCCCAUACCAAAACAUGUUUUACAAUCUCUCUCCUGAAUGCAAACACACAUCCAGCUAUGGUAUACAACCAAAAAAAAAAAAAAUGGAAAAAAC